CAGUUUAAUGUCGCUGUUAAAUAAACCAACAAAUAUAGACUUCAUGGUAACUUUAUGUAUCUGGAGGCCAUUUCCAUCGAGUAAUUAAAAUAUUAAAUCGUACAUAUUGCUGCUUCACGCCCUUUUACCAGUUACUGUAUUCAUAGAAGUAGCUAAGCCAAUUAGCAUAUCACACUGGAGAGUUAGCAUCGCCGUCUGUGGGUUGAACCUUCUGUCAACAACAAAUAUGAACUGUCUUCUUGAAGGAAACUGUGUGAAAGCAUUUGGAAAGGCUAUUCACGCCCUGUCACGGAUUGGAGAUGAGCUGUGGUUGGAUCCCAUGGUCAAAGGGCUGGCACUGAGAGCAGUGAAUUCUGCUCAUUCUGCAUACGCCUGCUUCCUCUUCUCGCCGCUGUUCUUCCAGCAGUACAGCCUGGGAUCAGCGUCUGAGCAGGGCAGUGGAACAGUCAAAUGCAAACUUGUCAUGAAGUCUGUUCUGCCCCUUUUCCGGUGUUUGACUUCCAUUGAGCGUAAUGUGGAACGUUGUCAGAUAACAGUCGGCACACCCAGUGACCGAGUGAUGAUCCAGUUCUUCUGCAGGCACGGCAUCACUAAAACGCACAACCUACGUUUCCAGGAAAGUGAGGCUCUGCAGGCAGUGUUUGCCUCACACCUCUGUCCCAAUGUGCUGAAGGCUCCUGCCAGGCUUCUUGGUGAUAUGGUGAUACAUUUCCCAGUGUGCCAGGAGGAAAUCACUCUCUCCGUGACUCCUGAGAGAGUCAGUCUGAGAAAUUACUAUGAGGAGGGAAACGAUCGCAAGAAGACGAUGUGCACUGAGAUGUCCUUACACCCAGAUGAGUUUAACUACUUUCAGGUUGGAGUGGACUCGGACAUAACCUUCUGUCUCAAGGAGCUGAGGGUGACAUUUAUUUUCGGCUUGCUGUCCUUUGCAGAGUCACAUUGCCUUCCAGUGUCGGUUCACUUCGCUGCUGCAGGAAAGCCGGUGUGCUUCUCUGUGGAGGACAUGGUCCUGGAGGCCUCUGUGGUGUUGGCCACUCUGAUGGACUCUGAAAGCAGGAGCCCCUCUCAGCACACACAGACCCCGGCCCCUACUACCCCCAGACGUGCAGAUGCUGCAGUCGUACCUCUGGGUUCAUGUGAGGCAGACAGCAGGGAGCCUCAGGGUGUUGGUACGAUGAUGGAACUGAUACCAUCCAGCCAGGGCAGCCCCACCAUCAACCCGCCCACUCAGAUGCUGCCCGUGUCUCACAUCGACGACCCUAACGGACCCCGUAGCCUUGAUGAGGCCUGUGUCAGUGUCGCCUCGACUCCUGCUUCCUCCACGAUCUGCUCACUCCUGUUCAGGGCCGUGUCCUCGGAGCAGGAUGGUGUUUGUGUUGCCCAGCUGCCUGUUCUGGCAUGUUACAGUGACGCAGAGGAGGAUAUGGAGGAAGACUAUCCAAGAAGCCCUUUACUCUGAGGACAGAGCCGUUACAGACUUCUUGUUUCUCGCCUGUGGUCCGGAUGAUAAGAUCUUAUUUAUUUAACUUAGUAUUUUAAAGCAUGUUGGUUGCUUUUUAUAAUUGUUUUUGAAAUAAGUUUCCACAAUGUUCAUGUGGAAAUUCCAGUGAAUUCAUUUAUAAUGUGUGAAGGUUGCGAAGUGAGGUUAAGGACAAAAGACUGUUUGGUCUGAGAAAACACGAUGUCAGCUUGAAGAUGCCACACCUGUCUGUCGAUGGUAACUCUACAUUAUGUCUGAUGUCUGAGGAAUGUGGGAGGACACACACACACACACACACACACACACACUAAAAAAAAAGUACAAGGCGUUCUCUGCAUCAUCUGUUCUGUUUUUUUGGCUUGCACAACACGCUGGGUGCUAAAUGUGAAAAUGCCUUGAUGGUAAAAUAGAGGGCUGGAGGCAUUCAACCUGCACCAGCGAGGAAAACGCCUCUGCAAUAUUAUUGUUCAACCCUCCAGUGUGUCAGAUAGUGUUCAGAUCUAAAACCAACUGCAGGUUCGUGUUCGUAUCACAGUCAUCGAAUACACCAGGAUAAUAAAUACUAUAGUCUUUAUUUAAA